AUGGAUUCUACAACUCAAGCCCAAGCAGGUCCUGCACUCUCAAAAGAGACCUUAAGAGAGGUCAUUCCAAUAGACCCAGGAAAGGGAAAGAGAGUUGGUGGUAAAAACUGGAAGGUUGAAAAGAAAGCUUUCAGGAUCAAGUCAUUGGGAACUGGCUCUUCUUGGAAACAGAAACAAGAGCAAAGAUUGAGGGAUCAGGAUGCAAGAGCAAGGUUAAAGGAACUUCAGGACGAAAAGGAAGCCGCCAAGAAAGCCCAUAUCGACAGGAUAAAGGAGAAGCGUGAGAAAAAGGCUGAGCAAGAAAGAUAUGAAAGACUUGCCACUGUGAUGCACGCAAAGAGAGUCGAAAGACUCAAGAGAAGAGAAAAAAGAAAUAAGUUGUUAAAAGAGCGUUAA